CCUCCCUCGCCACCUUCACGUCGAGAUAUUUCAAAGCAGCACAUGCAGCGCAUUAUUAUAGUGUAGCACCGCCGGACAGCCCGCCAACAUCUAAACGCUAAACGCUCAUUCCAACAGGCACUUUGCUCGAUUUGUCGGGGGGCUGGAUCCCACCGUCGCGUGACAUCUCCACUUCGAGCCAGCAGAAGCCACCGUGGCGUGGUAGCUGCCCGUCUCCAUUCGACAUCGCAUCGUUGAUACUCUGUGAGAGCGGCCUAGGCAACUUUCAACCCAACCACAUCCAAGAGGGCUGGGCGCAGCAAUGGAUCCGGACCGCUCGCAGGAGCCAGAUCAUCACAACCAUCACCGGCACGGCAGCAGCGAUGCUGGCCGCCAAUUGCCCCAACAACGACCCACCGACCUGUCUCAGGAACGACUGCAAGCAAAUGCACUGGCCUCAGCGGACCAGGGCGUGCACAAUGCAGCAGCACUAUCCCAGUCGGUUGCGGACAUAACGGCGCAAUCGGCAGAGAGACCACGAGUACAGGCAUCCGAAGAACAAUUUCCCGACCCGCCCGAGGUGCUGCCGUCAAUGCCUUCCCAUGGAGAGGGUGCGGCAGCCACGGCUGCAGUGCCUGCUCCCUCAUCGCCACCGUCUACACGACUAGCAACAGGUGGAGGGAUAGAUCCGGAGGCGCAACACCGUGCGCAGCCACCAGAAUCCGACCGCGGUGGCGUAGCUGCUGCUACUGGUGGCGUCAACGGCACGGCGGAUGUGCAGCAAGGCGAUCGCCAGUUCCAUUUCCGGACGUUCAUGGAUAAUGUCGUGCAGGGCUUGCGGACUGCUGCUACCGCCGCAUUAGCGCAACAGCAGCAGGAAGGUCAAGGAGACGGGCAAGGUCGGCAGCAACGAGCAUCCGAGGGAAGUGCGCAGGCACGGACUCAACAAGAGUCAGCACAAGCGGCGCCAUCAGUACCCGACUCGCCGCAAUCACAGCAGCAGGCAGCCCCUCUCUUCUUCGCACUCCCUAUCGCGCGCCCAGGCGGGGGGCCUUCUGUCGUGCGUUUCCAACCGGCACCCUUACCACCGAUCCAAUCCCCAUUUGGCGCUGGACGGUUGGCACCUGGCAUGCUGCAGCAACGCGGCGAAAUCAGCACACAACUGCACAUCCCCGUGCAGCCCAUUUUCAUCCCACUCGGUGCCAGCCCGCUGCCGUUUGCGUUCCUGUAUGACACUUUCACCAGCACCGCGUGGCCGCUCGCCGAGAUUGCAACUGCUGAAGGAGCUGAAGCCCGAGCGAGCCAGACAGCACACGACCAACAGAGGCAGGGGCAGCCGCAGCCAGGUGCCUUUCCUGGUGGAGCGACGGGCGGGAUCGGGCAUGCUGAGCAGCACAAUGCAGAAGAUGGGGAUGGCAGGCAGGGCGAGACCAAUGCAGGGGUCGAAGGCGAACACGACCCCUACCGCCCGAUCCCAUUUCAAUUCGUCUCAGGUCCACCCUUCCGCAUCUCGCUCGCGCUGGAUGCACCCGGCGGCUCACCCUUGAGCGGCCUGUUCGGCUUUGGCGCCGCGCCGCAGGGGCGUCCGCACGAAGCGCCACAGCCGCAACCGGAUCCAGCGAAAGCGCAUGCGUUCGUCGACGCGCUCGAGCGCGCUGACUCGGAGCUGCGUCUGCGCAUGGCAAGGCUCGGCAUGGGCGACAUUGGCGCGUGCGGCCUUGGCGACGGCCGCGGUGCACUCGGCUGCGGUAUUUGCCUGGAGGGUUACGGCGAGGACGACCGGCCAGAGUGGCUCGCGCGCUCCGCGGACGAGCGCCAGCGCGCGCAGGACGCACACGUCGUCGCAGUCCCCUGCGCAGGGCACCACACGCUGCACGCCGGCUGCCUGCGCGCCUGGCUCGCCAAUCUGCCCCCACAGAAGUGGACAUGCCCAUUCUGCCGCGCAUCGCUCAGCGAGCAACAUAUUCACGAAGUGCUCACGCGCGCCGAGAAGGAGCGCGUUGGCAGCAGCGCUCGCACCCUCCGCGAGGAGGUGCGCUACCGCGAACGCGUGCAUGGCUGGCGCUGCAACGCGCCCGCCUGUCUGCCGAGGUACCCGGCCUCCGACCUGCUGAGCGGCGAGGACGUUGCCAUCAGCACGGCCAGUGGUAACAGCCAGCCAGGACAAGCGGCGCAGGACGAGAAAGACAAGGUGAUUCCGACAACAGGCCAAAGCGCACGAGAUGAAGACGACACGGACUUCUUCAGCACACAACUCGUCACGCUCAUCCCAUGCAAGCAUCAACUGCACGUCGACUGCCUCUGCAUGGCCCUGCGCAUCGAGGACGACCUCAAGUCGCCCGCGGACGAGUUUGUGUCAUCCGACGACGACGACGCUAGCGAAAGCGAGCUCGCGGCGGACGACGCUGCGCAGGACCCCGUGGCCGAUACAGACAUGACAGAUGGCACCGGCUCGGCCAGGUCGGGCGACACGCGCAGGCAAGGCAAGGGUAGUCGAGACGGCAUCCUCGACCCAGCCGGCAGCGAUGCUAGAGCGGACGUUCAAGGAGGUCGGGAGAAGAACGAGGAUGAGGACGAGGAUGAGGACGAGGACGAACUGGAGAUAGGUCUCGGAGCAAGAGGAGAGCAAGCACGCGAUAGGACCACGGGACAACUCAAGACGAUCGGCAAGUGGAUCCAGUGCCCUACCUGCAGGCGCGAGGCAUGGGCCGAGUUUCCUGCUCGAAGAAAGAUGCGGCGACAGCAUCGGCAACGGCAGACGCAGGACCAUCUGAAGAGCAAGAAGCUUAUUGGCAACUGUGGUGGUGUGCACCGCUCGUCCGGGAAGCGCAAGCUGAGCAGCGGUGAUGCGCAAGAUGAAGCAGCGAGGACGGCCUUCGCAGGAGAUCAUGAGGCAGUGUCCGACAAGUUGGCAGAGCUUGCCGACUCAAGCACAACUCCAAACGGGGAGGACCGCCAGCAGAGGAGAAUGACUGCGCGCGAGCGCGCCAUGCUACAAGAUCAGGAGGCCCGCCUUGUAGAUGAAAACACGGAUUUGUGAUAGUAAGAUAUAGACAUCCUCACUCCACAUGUACAAUAGCCUAGCAUCAUAAUUUGCACGCACGAUCGAGUAGCAGUUGCAGGAUCCUCAAAAGAAUGAUAGCGCAGCUUCCAUCAUGUAUAGAGAGCGC